CCCAAGGGAAGAGCAUGGAGUUGGAUGGCAGAGCCUGGGUGGAGGUCAUGGAGCAGGCUGGAGGAGACAAAGGAAAGAUGAUGGAGCUGGAUGAAGGAGCCCAGGCGGAAGUCACAGAGCAGGCUCGGGAAGGCCAGGAAGUGGGCAUGAAGCUGGUGAAGGACCUGUUGGCAGUGGUUGCCACUUCUGCUCUUCCCCAAAAUAAGACAGAAUUAGAGUUUGUGACCCUACAGUUAAUGAUGGGGGAUAAUUUACACCUGGUCGGGGAAUUGCUGAGCCAACACACAGUGGAAGAGUUCCGACAGGAAGUGUUUGCUAGGUUCCCCAUACCAGCAUUCCGUGUGACUAGCACAGUGGCCUGUAAUCAAGUGACCAGCCACAGGGGUGAGAGAGGCCUCUCACUCCAUGAACUUGGCUGUUCUGGGCAACAGGAAAGAAUUUCCUCACAGCUUAUCUUCCUCGUGUGCAGAGCCUCCUCUUUGACAGGCUGGGUGGGGCUAGACCGAUUGCUGGAGAUGCUACAGCAGCUGAAGCACUGUAUCUGCUAUAUCCCAGUGGCCCUGGUUAGGGUGAUUGUGCAAGAAGACCCAGAGCUGGAUCUGGAGCAGGAAGUGAAGGCACUGCGGUGGCUGAAGUGCCUGCUGGAUGGAGUCUUCUGUUGUGAUUUGUUGCCAGGCCAUGAGGGGACAGAGCAAGAGGUGCAGGUUCAGGUGGCUGUCUACCAGUCAGGCUGGCCUCAGCGGGCUCUAGAGGUUAAGAGAGCAGCCUGCCAGGCAAUACGAGCGGCCCUGAAGUUCUGAACAGACAACAUGUGAGGAUGCAUCAGGAUUACCAUGGCUCCUGUAUUAUGACUGAAGAUCUCAGUUAUCAAUGGAAAAUCAAUUCAGAUUUUGUCCCAGUUAUCUGUGUGCUUUUAAUUUUGAAAAUAGUUAUUGCUUAAUGUUGCAAAACAAAACCUCUUUAGAUAUCUGCAUUGUGAUGUCACAAAUAUUUAAGAGCCACAGUGUGCUGUAGCAAUAUGUGAAGAGCUGGAUGGCUCAACGUACAGAUAAUGGCUAUAGAAUGUUAUGUUUUGAAUUAUAGCUACUAAGCAGUGACAUUUG